AGAUAAGGAGGGGCUGGAAGUUAGAACAAACUCAGAAAGUGGGCCUAUUCUAACAGAGAAGGGUUAUGUAAUUUGAGUAGAGGUGGACAAACCAGCUUUCUCUGUGAAAAGACGGCAGACCGACUUCAGCAGCAGCAUGUCUCUCAAUUUCGACAAGAUGGAAUUACCUCCUCGGCCAAAGCUGUUUGACUUCCAUGGAGUCUCAAUGACACACUUUUUCACACAAAACUGGGAAAAUGUCCAAAAUUUUCAGGCCAGACCAGAUGAUAUCCUUAUUGCAACAUAUCCUAAAGCAGGGACCACAUGGGUCUCCCAAAUCCUUGACAUGCUGUAUUUUGGCCAGACGUCUCCAGAGCGUCUGACGACGCUCCCUAUCUACGAGAGAGUGCCUUUUUUGGAGAUGACCAUCCCAAACUUGGUGACAGGGAAAGACCAGGCAGAUGAGCUUCCCACCACCCCUCGACUCAUCAAAACCCACUUUCCUGUGCAGUUUGUGCCAAAGUCCUUUUGGGAGCAGAACUGCCGGAUAAUCUAUGUAGCCCGCAAUGCAAAGGACAACAUGGUGUCCUAUUACCACUUUGACUGCAUGAACCAAGGCCAGCCUGAAGCUGGAGACUGGAACAGCUUCUUCCAGAGAUUCAUGGAUGGAAACAUGGUGUUUGGCCCCUGGUAUGACCACGUGAACGGUUGGUGGAAGAAGAAAGAAACCCAUUCAAACAUCCACUACAUGUUCUAUGAAGAUAUGAUUGAGGACACCGGACGUGAAAUAGACAAACUCUGUGCCUUUAUCGGUUUGUCUCCGUCUGCUGAGGAGAAGGAAAAGAUCACAAGUGGAGUGCAGUUUGACAACAUGAAAAAGAACAAGAUGGCCAACUAUUCCACGCUACCAAUUAUGAAUUUCAAAGUGUCUCCCUUCAUGAGAAAAGGAAAGGUUGGUGACUGGAAGAACUACUUCACUGUGGCUCAGAAUGAACAGUUUGAUGCAGACUACAAGAAAAAGAUGAAGGACCCUACUCUGCAGCUCCGCUGUGUAAUCCGAAUAACACAAUAAUAAAGAGGACAUAACUGAAUAAAUGUGA